AUGGCGAAACUAUUUGCAACGCAAAAUCUUCCGGCGGACGUGAGUCAAGUAAUUGAUCAGCUGGAGCGCCACUGCUUAGCCCCCGAUGGAUCUCUAAUUUCCAAAUCCACCUACUACGAUCUUCAACUCGCGAGAGAAGAAAUGUGUAAAGAGAGACGGCGAUACUUGGAAGCGAUGGCAAUCUACAUAGAGGCGAUAACAAUGGUGGAGGAGUAUCAGCAGGCUAUUUCUGUGGCUAAUCUGGGUGGCAUUCGGGAUGUUCAAGGUCUUUAUCCACAGCUCAGCUUGAAGAACUCUCCUCAGGUCUACGAGACUCUUGAGCAUCGGAUGGUUGUUGCUGAAGCUGCUCAAAAGUUGAGGCUUCCGCUGAUUUCUAAAGAUGGUGAUAUUCAUGAGGAUGAAAUUGAAAAAUUGGGUAACAUGUCCAGAAGCUCACUGGAUAGCACAAGUACAAGUGUCACAAUGAGCUCGAGUACAAAUUCAACUAAUUAUACAAAUGUUUCUGCUAUCGGAAUGGGUGCUUCUACAAACAAUGCUCUCUCAGGCAUAAUUGAUGCAUCAGAACCUGAAGUUGGUGGUGUCCCAAAUAGGUUCCUUGGAGUAACACCAACCUAUUUAUGGCAAACACAAUUUAAACAGCCACCAUUAUCCAUGGACACUACAAAAUACCAGGUGUUGCUUGCCCGUGAAGUUGCCGGUCGGUUAGAUGCUAAAUGUGAUAAGUUAGCAGAUGCUGUCAUAGAUGACACUGAUUCGUCGACUGGUCAUCAGAGUUUGGCUUCUCGACUUCCAGAAAGGGUAAAAUUGAUUAUUGAGGAAAUUGAGAGAGAAGAAACAGAAUGGAGGGAGGAUCUAUAUUCUUCUGAUAGAAAAUUUGCAGAGUAUUAUAAUGUUCUAGAGCAGAUUCUUGGGGUGCUUAUCAAACUUGUCAAGGAUGUAAAACUGCAACACCAACAUAAAUAUGAUGAACUGCAAAAGAGUUGGCUGUGCAAAAGAUGUGAGACUAUGAGUGCUAAAUUGGGGGUUCUAGAACAUAUUCUCCUGCUUGAAACCUACACUCCAGAAACCAUUCCGGCUCUCCACAAAAUAAGAAAAUAUUUGGUCGAAUCUACAGAGGAAGUUUCACUUGCAUAUAAUAAAGCGGUUACACGGCUUCGUGAGUAUCAAGGGGUUGAUCCUGACUUUGACAACAUUGCUAGGCAAUAUCAUGACAUUGUGAAGAAAUUGGAAAAUAUGCAAUGGACUAUUCACCAAGUAGAGAUGGACCUGAAACGUUUGCCUGAUGAUCCUAAAUCCAUAAUACAUACCGAGUUUGGUUUGUGCGAGUGUGGUGUGUGGAGCUCUUUCUUCGUUAACCGCACUUAG